ACACUGAACAGCGGUUUCUAUCCGUGAAAGAGUCCGUGUUUCUGGGGGGAAGCAUUUAGCGGUUGCACCGGAAGACACCCGGCGGAUGAAGUGAGAGGCUGCGCUCUGUGAAUAGUGAUCCCUGCGCGGUGAUCUCCUGAUCUGACCUCAUCUGGUCCCCCACUCCUCACUGCUGCUUUGGAGACAAAUCGUUUCUGAGGGAACUGCCCCCUCUGCCGAUCACUGGCAACAGUGGAGUCCCACCUCAGUCACUGAUGAGCGAGUGAGGAUUUCCUGCUAAGACUGCUCAUUUUGGAAGCAGGAGGAAGCGGUGGUGAAUGGGAGCCUGGGUUACGUCAGACAAGGAGCUGCGGCAGAUCAGGAGAAGUGCAAGGCCACACUGCCUUCAUGGAGGCAGAUGAAGACUGCCCAGAGCUUGUUCCCAUCAUAGAUUUAGUACAGAAUGACCAGCCAGAGCGCAAGAUUCCAGUUACGAUUAUAACAGGUUACUUAGGAGCUGGAAAGACAACACUCUUAAAUUACAUUUUGACAGAACAGCACAACAAAAGAAUAGCAGUCAUUGUCAAUGAGUUUGGUGAAGGAAGUGCUGUGGAGAAGUCUUUGGCCAUAAGCCAGGCUGGAGAACUAUAUGAGGAGUGGUUGGAGUUAAGAAAUGGAUGCCUAUGUUGCUCUGUAAAGGACAAUGGACUGAAAGCAAUAGAGAAUCUAAUGCAGAAGAAAGGAAAGUUUGACUACAUACUACUGGAAACCACAGGUUUAGCAGAUCCAGGUGCUGUAGCUUCCAUGUUCUGGGUUGAUGCUGAGUUGGGAAGUGACAUCUACCUUGAUGGCAUUAUGUCCGUAGUAGAUGCCAAAUAUGCUCUGCAGCACUUACUUGAAGAGAAACCAGAAGGCCUUAUAAAUGAAGCUGCAAGGCAAGUGGCAUUGGCAGAUGUGAUUAUUAUCAACAAAACAGAUUUAGUCUCCAUCACAGAACUGGAGGAAAUGAGAUCUGUUGUCAGGUCAAUAAAUGGACUUGCAAAAAUUUUGGAAACUCAGAGGUCGAGGGUGGACUUAACAGAGAUUUUAGAUUUACAUGCAUUUGAUAGUUUGUCUGGGAAAAGUUUGCAGGACAAGCUGAUCACCAGCAGUGGUCAUUCACAUUUGGAUAAGUCUAUUGUCACUGUUACAUUUGAAGUCUUUGGAAAUGUGAUUGAAGAAAAUCUCCAUUUGUUUGUACAGAACUUGCUUUGGGAGAAAAAUGUUAAAAACACAAAUGGUGUUUCCAUGGAGGUGAUACGAUUAAAGGGUUUGGUGGCGAUAGACACUAAGCACCAUCAUGUGAUUGUACAAGGGGUACAUGAGCUAUACGACCUGGAAGAGACACAAGUGAUGUGGGAAGGAGAAAGGUUAAAUCGGAUGGUGUUUAUAGGUAGAUAUCUGGAUAAAGACGUUCUCAAACAUCUCUUUGAAUCUGCUUUAAAAAUCUGAAAAUGUCAUUCCUAUUGGGGAAAGUUAUUGGUCUUUUACUAAAAGAUGUUCAUUCAGCUCUGGUUUAAAAAGAUGUUCUACAUUUUAUCUCUAGAUAUGUGAUUUAUUGUUAAUGUUAAAUGACUUAUGCAAUUAAACAUUCUCUGAGUAUCUGAA